CACAAACGAAGGUUGUUACGUAUUGAAAUUGGGCAAAGCUUGCGUAAGGACCGGAGAGCCUGGUGGUCGGAGCGUGCUAAUGAGCUGGAAGCAGCAGCUGGACCUGGUAACUACCGGAAGCUCUUCAAACUCAUCCGAGCCACUGGCAGCAAGAAGUCUGAUGUGAGUGUAGCAAUCUGCGGAGAUGAUGGGAUGCCAAUCACUAACAUCCAUCGACGUCUUGGACGAUGGGCAGAAUUUUUCGAAGGGCAGUUCAACUGGCCUGCUGCUCCAGCAACAUCGGUCAGACUGGCCUGCCCUCCAUGGCCGGUGACGACUGAUCCAACAAAUGAGGCGGAAGUCCGCAAGGAACUCCAACUCUUGAAGCGUUACAAAUCACCUGGCUUAUAUGACUUACCUCCGGCUCUUUUUAAAGAUGGUGGUGACUUUCUGACUAAGGAAGUGACGAAAUUGUUUACAAAAGUCUGGGAACUAGAGAGUGUACCAACGUCAUGGAAUGAGUCGAUAGUUGUCCCUAUCUUUAAAAAGGGUUCACGUCGUUCCUGUAACAACUAUCGGGGGAUAAGUCUACUUCCGAUUGCGUCCAAGCUAUUGGCUUCCGUCAUACUUCGUAGGUUGUUCAAAACCCGAGAAAGAUUGACUCGCGAGGAGUAAGCUGGUUUUCGUUCCGGCCAAGGAUGAAUUGAUCAUGUCUUCACCCUCCGACAAAUGUUAGAACACCGUCACACUUUUCAAAGGCCAACAACCGUAGUGUUUCUUGACAUCAGGGCUGCCUUCGAUUCGUUGGACAGGACUGUUCUCUGGGAUUGUCUAUUGAAGAAGGGUGUGCCUGAGAAGUUUAUUAACAUCCUAAAAGCCCUAUAUACAAACACCUCAGGCAGAGUGAGGGCAUACAACCACCUCUCUCCAUUGUUCUAUUCGAGCAGUGGGGUUAGGCAGGGUUGCCAAAUCUCACCAUUCCUCUUCAACUUUGCCAUCGACGACAUUCUGGAAACAGCUCUGAUGGAUGUAAGUAAUGGCGGUGUGGAUCUGUUGUCUGGAGAAAGACUUCUCGACCUUGAGUAUGCGGACGAUAUUGUCUUACUGUGCGAUAAUCCCCAAGACAUGCAAUUCGCGCUUAAUCAGUUGACAAUCAGUGCCCGUAGGUACGGUAUGUGCUUUGCACCUUCGAAGUGCAAAGUACUUCUACAAGACUGGCAGGAUUCUAAUCCUGUACUCACCCUGGAUGGUGAGCAGAUAGAAGUAGUCGAGAAGUUCGUGUAUCUGGGUAGCUGCAUAAGUGCUGAUGGGGGUGUGAGUGAUGAGAUCAAUGCACGUAUAGUGAAAGCCAGAGCGGCUUAUGCUAAUCUGGGCCAUCUUUGGCGCCUUCGUGAUGUUAGUCUGGCCGUAAAAGAUCGGAUUUACAACGCAUCGGUGAGAGCAGUUUUGCUCUAUGCUUGUGAAACCUGGCCACUCCAAGUUGAGAACGUUAGACGACUUUCUGUGUUCGAUCAUCGUUGUCUCCGAAGGAUUGCUGACAUCCAGUGGCAACACCAUGUUAGUAAUUCAGAGGUUCGGCAUCGUGUGUUCGGGCACAGAGACGAUAAUGCAAUUGGUGUCACCAUCUUGAAACACAGACUUCGGUGGCUUGGACAUGUUCUACGAAUGUCGUUCCAGAGAAUUCCAUGUCGUGCAUUAUUUGCCGACUCUGGGACUGGUUGGAAAAAGCGGAGGUGGUCAGUAUAUGACAUGGUGUCGUGGUAUGAAAGAAAGCUGCAAAGGGCUGGCUUUUGUCGGUCCUUCACGACUCCCUGGUUGGGGUCCGAGAGAUGAUGCGACACAGUGGCUAGAGACGUUAUCAGAUAUGGCUCAGAAUAGAAGCCAGUGGCGAUCCUGCUGUAACCUUCUUUUACUUUCUUCAUAAAACGUGAUUGUAUCUUCCUUAACUGAGAGAUUUCUUCUAAUUGUACCCUUCUGUUCCCCUACUAUUACUUUUAUUAUUACACUACCUAACACCAAUCUCUUCAUUAUUAUUAUUAUUAUUAUUAU